AUGUGCGAAAGUUUUAUUCGUCUGAAAGAUAAAGAAAGACUGAAAACUGUCCAUGGUGAUUCUCAAGUUUAUGGCCCAAAUACUCCGAUCUAUCAUAUAGAACCAGAUCGUACUGGAAAAUACAUUACAGUCAGAAGGCAAGAUAAUGUUCUUACAAGUCACGGAUCUAAGUAUUCAAAGGGCGAUGCAUUGCAGCCAAAAAUGCUGCUAGUUUAUGACUAUUGGGAUUUUAUCACAUAUGGUCAAGAAAAAUGUAUUGAAAAGGCGAAGAAAACCGUAAAGUUCAUCAACUCAUACUAUGAAGAAUUAAAGUCAAAUCCAAAAAUUGAAGUAGUGUUGACAGGAAUUGCUUUUAUAACGGAACGACAAGUUUAUACAAGACCGUCUGUUUUUCAAGUUACAGAAGCAGAUUUUUUGAAAAGUCAUUUAUUGACCGAGAAAUACAUAAUCGACGAUCAACUUCAAACUGGAGAUUGGCGUGAUUUUUCUCUAGCUAGUAAGGAAGUACAAAGAUUUUCAGAGUGGUUGAGUAAUAAUAAAGACCAGUUCGAACGCUUGAAUUACGAUUUCUUCCUUUACUCCUUUCCAUGGUACAUGGCUGAUGACGCGACACCAGAUUUACAAAAACACUUGGUUAUGAGCUUGUCUGAACGAAAACUUUGCAGUGCAAACCCAGGUCUUCUGGUCAACAAUUUGAUUGGUGACGAACACCCAGCGUACCCUGUAGAGAUUUCUUAUCUAUUGGGAACUACUCAUCCUCUGGACAGACAUGAUAGCCACUAUUUUACUUCAAAUUUCGAAUUCUUUGAUGAUGUAAAAGAAAAAUGGCAGCAACGCACGAUUAGCGUUAUUUCCAAUAAUUCAGGAAAUAAUGCUUACUUUUGCAUAAAAGACACUACUCCGGAUUACGAUGAAUAUGAAGAUAAUAACGAAUAG